AUGGGCGUCCUAAAGAAGCCAGGCUCUGAUGUGAAGAUGGAUUGCUUCGUUGUGUGGCUCACACCUCGUCCAGACAAAGAGGAUCUACAGGCUCUGGCAUCCAAGUUGAAUAGCUUGAAGAUGCUCCAGAGGUAUGCCACCUUCGAGGAGGCUUUCGUCCUUGAUGGAUCUGUGGGGAUCCGGUUCCAAGAUGCCGCGGAAGCGCAAGACUUUGUCUCUUCACGCCGCGGGAUGAUCAAGUUAGCGCUGCCUGGCCAGAUGGGUAUUCGGGAGUACUCGUUGAAGGUGGCAGGGAGCUAUCCAGAUCAGCAGGUCCCGAGCAGCUCGAUGGCCAGUCAAGACCGGCCUGUUUCUACGAAAAGGAGCCGAGACAUUUCAAUGCCAAUCUCGCGCAAAAAGGCUCACUCGUUUGUCAAGCCUUCUUUGGAUCCUCCAGGGGCCGGUGUCAUACGCAUCUUCUCGCAGCUCGGUCAGCAUCAUGAUGUGCAGAUCGAAAGCACCGAUGUGAUGGAAAAGGUGUAUCAGCUGGUGAGGAGCUGGUGCCCCGGGUGCGUGCUGGCCAAGCUGCCAGGGUCGGAGGAGGUCGUGCUGCCGCUGGACCCAGCAGUUUCAGGCGAAUUGCUCAUUGUCGAGCCCACUUCGCUGCCGUUGGUGCUGCCCACGGAAUUUCAGGUGCAGUUAGGCGCUGCCGGGGAGAGAGAGGUGGACUUUGCUCUUUUGAAGCACUUGCUCUGCGAGGUUUUGGGCGACUUCAACUGCCUUUUGGAUAAGGGGCCCGACUCGGCAGUCGGCCUCUUCCAGCAUCGCACAGAGCUUUGUGGGCGCAGCAGGCUUGUCAUCUUGAAGUCUGCAGUUCAGCGUCUUGAUGUGCUUGUCCAGCACAAGAAGAUGGCCUUUGUGAGUGUUGUCGGCAAGCCGCGGGAGGGCAAGAGCACUUUGCUGGAGCUGAUGCGAAGGCGUUGCAGUGGAAGAGGUGCUGGGCAGCUCUUCAGGUGCUCGAACUCAGCGACUCAUGCCUGCACUACAGGCCUUUGGGUUUCGACUCAGGUGAUGUAUCUCAACGAGAAGGACAAGGACACAGCAGUGCUCUUCCUGGAUACAGAGGGCUUGUUUGCGGAUGACGGGACGGACUCGGACUACUUCAUCCGCCUCUUCACCGUGACUUGUGUUCUCUCCAGUGUGCUUAUCCUGAACAACAAGAUCUGCAACACUGUCUCUGAGGACUUCAAGUCCUCCCUUGCCCGGCUGGCCGUGCACUACAAGGGCUUCUUUGAGCGGAAUGCAUGGUUCAAAGACCAUCGUCCACGGGUUCUCUACCUGGCACGUGACUGGAACGGUCUUCAGAGUUUGGAGCAAGACUUCGAGGACUGGCAGGAGGCGGAAUUGCGCAGCUCUUCGGAUCAGGGUCCACUGAACGAAGCGAUGGAGUUCAUCCGCGCCGCCUUCGGCAUUGUCAAGUUCGGCACCUUGCCAAGCCCUGUGACCGAGCUUUGCAAGAAGGACGUAGUCUUCAAGGAGCUGGAUGCGGGCUUUGAGCAGAAGCUUGACGAAAUCCUUUCUCGCCACGUGUGGCCACAUUUGUCUCCGAAAAGCUUCGAGGACUCCACACGGAAGCCAUGUUUCUUGACCGGGGCUGGGCCUCUCAUGGAGCUGUUGCAAAGCACUGUUGAUGCUGUAUCUACAGAAAUCUCUCUGGACUGGCAGACUACGCUGCAGCGCUUCCGUGAAAAGGCAAGCCUCACAUGGUUGGAGGGACGUGUCCAGAACUUUUCGGCGGAGGUCAAGCGGGUCUUCAACUUCGUAGACGUCUGCAUCCGACCCGAGCACUCGGACUCACACUCAGCUGCAUAUGCUUUGAAGCAGCUCCUUGCCCAAGCAGAGACUAAAACCCUCCAAACGUCACAAGUCAUCUCUGGGAGCCUGAAGUGCUGGAGGGUGUCCGGCUCUCUCAGUGACCUGCGAUGCUUUGCGGAGCAGAUGAGCGAACGUGCCAUUCAGAGGCCUGACGGCAAGUUGCAGCUGCAGCAGCAUGCGCUGAUUACGACUUUCCGAGUGCAGGAUGCGGUCAAGCACAUCGCGGGCGAGCAGCAGAAAAUCUGCGAGGAGGCAAUUGAAGAAUUAGGUCCUAUGGGCUAUGCACAGGGGACCAUUGCUGACCUAGUUCAAUCUGCCGCGGACAGGCAUCUGUCUGCUUUUCAUCACGACGCGGAGUUGCUCCAGAAUUUCUGCUUGCAAGCAGAGAUUUGCCACAUCCUGGAGUGCUUGGACGUGAAGGUAAAGGCUGCAUCAGUAGAGGCUGAGCUGGACGACAUUGAAGAGAAGUGUAGGCAACAGGUUGUGGAAUUGGGCCACAGAACCAUCGCAGAGAGGUCGAAGCAGAUUGAGGCCGCAAAGGUGUCUAUUGCCGAGACGGUGUCCCAAAUGCGGGUGGCCCCAAGAGCCGCAGUGCAAGCUCAGGUGGAACGCUUCUACUGUGGAAAGCUUGGUGGGCUUGGGGCAGAAGAUUCCUUCGAGGAUACUUUGAGCAGGUCCAGUGGAUCCAAGCUCUUCGCUGCAUUUCUGAGAGAACAAGACUUCGAUUCUCUGGCACAGAUGGUAAGCCUUCAUCUCCGCCAUAAUUCUAUGCCCGGUAUCUGCAGGAACAUGGAACCUUGCAAGUUGCAGGAGCUACUUGCACAUGUGCGCAGCCUCCUUGAGGUGGCGGUCGCUGAGGAACGGCGGAUGCGGCUGGUAGCUGCACUCCGGCACUUCCUUGCCCCAUUCGGGGUGAAUGAGGGCCUGAUCUCAUCUCAGUGUGGCUCCUUCGUGGCUAUGAUGGAUGCCGGCGAGGAGAUCGAUGGUGAAGCUCUGGGCCAGUUGCUCUUUGGGGCUCUGGAGCUUCAUUUGGGAAUCGCCGGGGGCGAGCUCUUGGAAAGCAUCCAGAAAGCGCACCAGCUUUUGGAAGGCUCCAUCCCAGAAGAAGGGCUUGGAAGCGAACAAGCUGAUAUGGUGCGAGUGGCUGUUCGCGAAGUUUGCAAGUCCCUCGAAGAUGCUGCCUUCAGCGAUUUCCAAGCAGCAUUUUUCAACGACAGCGAGGAGGACCUUCGCAAACUGAUUCAGGACUACACGGGUGUGAGUUCCUUCCGCACAGAGCCGCUGCGGACAGACUUCGGCAAGGCCUGCUUCCGUGUGGUCUUUGCCUGCCAAGGGGACCUACAGAAGAUCACUUGCCAGCACUUCAAGAUCUUGCCCUUCAAGCAGCUUGGCAUACGGCUUCCGCGUGCCAGGUGGGUGUCCAAGUUCAGCGAAAAGGCAUUGGGAAGCUGGGGACAGCAUGUGGCAUACUCCAACAGGGAAGGUGGCAUCAUAGAGUACCAGGACAGCUUCGAGCAAGACGUGAUGAGCUUGUGCGACGAGGGUGACAGCUUUAUGGCUGGUGGCGAAUCCAUCUUGAUCCGUUGCAGGUUCAACUUGAUUCUGUUUCCCAUCCGCUUCCCCAUCAGCGACAGCAUCAUGUCGGAUUGCUCAGUCCCGGAUGUGCAGGUUCACUCAGGCAUGACAAUUGGCAAGGAGGACAAUCAGAUGGCUAUUUUUUGGGUCGAAGCCAGUAGGCAGCAGAGGCGCUUUUUCCAGACUCCGAGGGAGCUUCUCUGCCAUCUGGGUGAUCGAUUUCUGCCGCUCGUUGCGCAGGUCGGGGGCCACGACGUCGGCGGCCACGAAUGGUUGUGGUCCUUCGCACCGCCACCUGGUCUGGUCUCGGCUUGGCACACUGUGGAAGUCUCGCUGCUGGAGACCUUGAAGCAGGAGGUCUUGCAGACCCUGAGUUCAGCCUGUCCGGAGCGGGUGGAGGAUGAGCAGAUCAGCGGUCUCUUGCGCAGUCAUGGCUUGAGUGGCUCCGAGCAGGAAUCUGUGCUUAUCGAAGCGGCCAGGAACCAGCGCCGGUUCUGCAUGCUCAACCAGAAAUGCUCAGAAAUUCGAGCAAGUCUGCAGCAUUUUGCGAAAUGCGACCCGUGCCAUCUCGACUUUCAGCUUCCCGGCGAGUCUCGCGAGGUUUCGGACGAACAGAUCCUGCUUCGUGUCAUGCAGCCGGUGGUUGAGGACAUGAUUCGACAGUUGCUGGCUACGAGUGCUUGCAGUUUGGAUUGGGUGCAUCACGUCGUGCAUGAAGCCAGCCUCAGUGAUGAUCUGCUGACUCGUCAGCUCCAGACAGAGAUCCGAUCAGCAGCAACACAGCAGCUGCUGAAGCUGCAGAUGUACCAGAGGCAUCGCCUGCUUGCAGAGGUGUUCGGCUUGUCAGAAGAAAGCAGCCAGCAUUUCGUGGAGAGAGCCAUGUCGUGUCCAGCUGAUGCGAGCACUUUGCAGAAAUUGGUUUAUGAGCAUCAAGGCCGCCGUUUUCUUCCCCCACACAUUCUGGAAAACCUUGGUGACGCGGAGGCAUCGAGGAGUGUAUGCCAGAUUGCACAAGAGAUUUGCGCAGAUUUCGCUUGCUACAGCGAGUGCCGGAUUCCGAUUCAGCUGGCAAAGAACUUCUCGCGGCAUGCUCAGGGUUGUCAGGUCGGGGGAGUUCGGGAGGAGGCUGGCAGCUACUUCUUCAUGCUGAGGGAUGCUGCCGGAGUUUUUCGGCGGUUGCUGCGGAGCAUGCCUGUCGGGUGCGAGGUCGUCCAGGCAGUCCCGUGCAUGUUGCUGACCACCUCCCCGGAACAGGACAUGGCUUCGGCCUUUGAUGAGCUGGACAAGCUGCGGGUCCUGGGCAUCUUCGUUUCGCAUAUGCAAGCGGAGCAGGGAGGCGUGCACGUCGUGUUGAGUGUGUGGCACGACCAGCUGCCAAGAAUUCCGCUGAGGAACUUCAGGCCAAGAGCCAUGUCCUUGGUCACACACCAUCAGGCUGGACUCGAGGAAAGAGCAGUGCCGGUCUCUCUGAGGGAGUCUGUCUUCGUCGCCGCGUCCUUCGACGACAUAUCCGUGAACAUCCCAGAAAAGUUUGUGCAUUGCGCCGUUUCCUUGCAGCCACUGGAGUUCCAGCCCCCUCCCUCGAUGCCAAGUCUGAGUACCAAACACAUACUCAGCGCGAUGUUCAACCGCUUGGAUGAGGUUGAUGAAGAAGAAGUACGUGGGAGGCUGUGGGAUGUGGACAUUUUUCGGCAGCUGCUUUGUCAGUGCGAGGGCAAUCGAGAUGAGGAGCACGCUCUCCGUGUCAUGGUCAUGGCCCACACACGAGCAGUGUGCAGCAUGGGGCAAUACACUUUGCGCGGUGUGUCUGUUGAGCUGCCAAGCCCCAGCGGCUCUGCUCGAAUGAGCCAGCAUCCUGCUCGCACGACCGGGCCACGUUUCGACGACACGGAGGUUACCAUCAGCUGCAUGGACACCAUCCAGGCAGCUUUGGAGCUGCGGAAGAGGUUCAAGGACGGCAAGCUUCUGGUGCUGAACAUGGCGAAUCGCCAGAGCCCUGGAGGUGGCUACAAGAAGGGCAGUCGGGCACAAGAAGAGGAUCUUUUCCGGCGAACAACUCUCAGCACAGCGUUGGAUCCGGGUUUCGGCGCCACCGUGACCUAUCCCUUGGCGGAAUUCUGCCCCAUCAUUUCUCAUGGGAUUUGUGCGUUCCGCGGUUCAGAACACGAAGGCUUUCCGCUGUGGGAGCAGCCUCUUCAGUUUGAUGUCAUCUCGGUCGCAGCCUACAAUGCUCGAACGACGGGCGGGCAGCAGGAGGCCUUCAAAGUCAUGGAACGCCAAGGAGAUGGCUUGGUGUUUUCCGAGGAAGGCUACUGGCGGACCCUCAAGAAUAUUGCCAGCCUCCUAGAGGCCGCCGCCGGAGAUCGGGCUGAGCAUCUUGUUUUGAGCGCGCUGGGCUGUGGGGCCUUUGGGAACAAUGCGAAGCAAGUCGCGUUCAUCUUCAAGACGCUGUUGCCCGCCUUUGCCGGCCACUUCAAAACCGUUGAGUUUGCCAUCCUGGACCGUGAUCCAAGUGACCCGGAGAGCAAUUUUUCCAUCUUCCGCCGCCAGAUCUUGAAUGGUGCUACCAAGACCCGUAUGCAAAGGGAGCAGGGAGUCGCAUGCUUCAGGAUGCUGCCCUUCAUGGAUGUAUGCCCCAAGGUGGGCAAGUGCAGGGACAUCGGUGACCGAGAACACAUGAAGACGUAUUGGCAUCCCGACAUGUGCAGCGACCACAACUGCCAAGACUCAGAAGAUCAUGCGCUGCUUUGGAGACACAAAAUUGUUUGUCCAGAGCAGCACUGCAAGAUUAUGUUCGGCAGCAAGGAGGACCCAAGAUACGAAGAGCACGUCAGAAUUUUCCGGCACCGUAAGGAGUGCCGAAAAGAGAAUUGCGGGGACCCGGAACACAUGCAUCCUCCUCCGUGCAAGUUUGGCCUACGAUGUCGUCUCAAGGGACAGCCGCACAAAGAUAGAGUCUUCUACUCCCACUCUCGGCAGCCUUGCAGGGCCGGCAGGUUCUGUGGGAAAUGGUAUGAUGCAGAGCACCUGACCAGCUUCCUCCACGAGUUCAACCAACCGUGUGAGGAGCCGUUGUCAUGUCAACAGAUGCAAGAUGACAACCACUUGGACACCUUCGCACACUUGUGUCCGCAUGGCAGUGAGUGUCACCAGUCACUCAGCUCCAUUUGGCUUGAUGACUUGCAGCACAGGAAGCGGUGGAUUCACAUUAACCGACCGCCCUGCCCAGAUGGAGUGAACUGCACGGCAGACGAACGGCCACACUACGAGGAUCACCUGAUGCUGUUCCACCACGCCAAAGUCAAGUUCGUCCGAUCAUGCUGUACCAAGGGUACAAGGUGCCCAGAACAGUAUUCCCGCCAGCAUGCACGCCGCUUUUCGCACCCUCCGGCUGAGAUGAUUCCAGCAGGCAGAGUGUGGGGCCACAACACCUGUCAGCACCUCAUGCAGGAAGACGAGACGUCUCUCAAGGUGUCUUUCCACCAAAAUGCAAAGGCUCUGAUGGACAAGAUCCGACAUUUUCUGAAAGGGCAAGCUCCGGACAAACAACACCUGGCUGCUGCAGUGUCCUUCUGGCAGAAUUGUCGUCCAGUGCACAGACUUCCAAUCACCUCUUUUGCAAAGGUGCUUAAGACUGGGUUCUUGGGAUCGCAGCACUGCCUUCAGACUCAUGCACACGACAGUGAGUUCGCAAUGCAGCUGCCCUCUGUGGUUGCUCUCGUCGCAACAAGCCCUGGAGAGCACAUCCCGGCAAUCCAAGAGUUUGUAGACGCGUUUGUCCGACACGAUGUGUUGGCCCACCAAGCAUCCCGAAAUCCUAUGUUGCAGCCGCAGCAGGGGCAGGAGGUUGCUCUUGAUGCCUUAGGUGGACAGAAAGCACAGAUCCAGAAUGCCAAGCAAGAGUUGAACACAAGACGCGGUCAGUUGGGGGCCCUAUUCCGCAAAGGUAGGUUGCAGACACUUGAGACCGAGCUCUCUGGGUUUGUGCAGGCUUUUUCAGAGUUGCAAGCCGCCAGCGAGGAGGCCGCCAGGCAAGGCAAGCACGCAAACAUUGGCAUUGGCCACCAGUAUGACCGCCUCUUGGAGACCAACAAGAUGGUUUUUGCUAUCCUGGGACCCCAUACGCUGAAUUAUGGCGAGGACAAGGAUGGAGACGAGCACGAUCAGGGUGUACACCUCAUCUUUCGUCCUGAGUGCUUGCAUCAUCCGGACGUGUUUGUGACACCAAUGGCCGCAACCUUUUACAACUCCGGGCACGGAGAUGCCGAGCGACCUUGGUGGAAGUGCUGGAAGGGUGUUGCUCCAGCGUCUGCUUUUGAGAAGAUGACGGCCGAGAGGCUCCAUCCCAGCUCUCCUUUGUUCUACGAGGCCUUGGCUCUUGAGUUCCUUGCCAGAGAGGCCCACAAGCAGUCGAAGCCUCUCCAUGAAAUCACGCGGGAAGGGAUGCUGCACUACCUCAAGACAUCCAAUGCCCAUCACGUAGUUGAAACCCAUCUGCCGUACGUCACACCACUUACGUGGGUGGAGAAGGUCAUCAUCUCGGAGCACACCUUUGCAAAGAUGUCCGCGGCCGACCAGAUCACUACCCGCACUGUCUUCGGCGCCAAUCUGGAGAUCGUCCCGGGUACGAAUUCGGCUGGACCGCAGUGGAAGUAUGCGAGCUCAAAGCGAUUGCAGCCUGUGCCGAGACCCGCCUUCGCUUGGACGAUGCUUCCGACAAGGAUCCACGAGGUUGUGCUACCUGUUCAGAUACCGCCAAAGCAAAGGACCAGGAUUUUCUUUCGAGCCUCCCGCCCCCUGUUCCAAGUGAACCUCGCCAGCGACCGUGGAAGCCGUGGCUUGACAAAUAAGAUCACUGUCCGGGUCGAUGGUGAGAAGUGCAUCAUGCAAGACCCCAGCAGGAAGUUCACGUCCGUGGACAGGCACUUCAACCAGAGAGUGGGCAAGGGCGGAUCAGCCUUGUACUGCUUGGAUGUGGAUGUCCUGAAAGGCCGGAUCACGUUCCAACACGCAGGUGUGUCAUCCAUGGUUGCCUGCUCCAUCGUUUCGCUUGACAGGGUUGGAUGCUGGCCACGACACAUGAGCUUUGAAGUUCCCCGUGGACACAUCAGUUUCAGCGACGUGCGUGUGUACGUAGGCAGCCAGGACACACAUCUUCUUGAGCAUGAAGUUGUAUGGCAGUCUCCAGACGCAGAGCACUCGCCGGGACCCGAAGCGAGUGGUCUUUUGCAAGAGGAGGUGAAGGUCGCCUUCCGCUCUGAGCCGGAAGAGGGUUGGGUGUCCAAGAUGUAUGGCUAUGUGACGGGCAAGGCGAAGAACAGCGCGAAGGGGCUGAUGCUUUGUGACUUGGGAUUGGACUGCCCAGUCCAGGCUUCAAUGAAACACGGCUGUCGGAUCGAUGACCUCCCGAGCAGGCAUGCCCAGCAUAUGAGGCAAAGACGGCACCUGUGCUUGUACGGCCGCAACUGCAGCCUGUUUGACGAUGCCGACCACAAUAUCCUCUUUGUGCACAUGGUGAAGGAGGAUUGCCCGCAUGGAGAUGCUUGUGUGCAGUUGUGCGACCCACACCACCGAGCCCAGUAUCACCACGAGGGGCACUUGGACUUGCUUUUACCUUGCCGUUAUGGCUUGAGUUGCCAACUCCGAGAUGAAAAGCAUCGUUGCCGCUAUCAUCACGAGUGCACCCUCAAGUAUACUCUCAAUGAUGACGGCCUACAGUUGGCAAAGGCAGAUGGUGGCGACCGCAACCAGUCGGCUGCAGCUUCCUCUUCCAGCGAGGUGGCUCCAGAGUCGAAGGCCAAGCAGAGCGGAGGACAUCAUGGCCCUGGUCAUCAUGCAGAUGUUGACUUCGGUGCCGUUCAGGCUGAGGUGCAGGAUCGAAUUGAUGACAUGGAAGGGAUUUACAAUGAUGCUGCCAUUGCUGGUGACUACAAGGAUGCGAAGUUGGACCAGUACGGCAAUCCCAUCGGUGGAGAUUUUGAUCUGGCCCGUGACGGGGCGUUCGAAGGCUUCAGGAUCCUGGUUCUUUGUGCCUACAGAGGUGAAGGCUUGCCUGGGGAUCUUGUGGCCUUAACCAUACCAGAGCUCCAAAAGAAGGGCUUCGAGGUCCAGCAAGCCGCCACACCGGACGAGUUCACCGAUGCCCUGAGCAAGGGCAACUUCCACGUUGCCUGGAUCAUCAGCUCAAACUCGUUUGCAGGCAACAAGGCAGCGUUUGUGUCUGAGGUCCGCAAGUUCCACGAAGCCGGUCGCGGGCUCAUGAUAUGGGGCGACAACGACCCUCAUUUCGUGCAUGCCAAUGAAGUCCUCACAGAACUGUUCAACUUCAAGCUCAUCGGCAACACACCCGGUGGAAAAGAGCUGCUUCCCGGCAAUCCUUUGGAACCAGGCCACUUCGGUGGACACCCGAAAGUCUGUGCAGGCAUCGUCAAGCUCCAUGAGGGCGUCACUAUCUGCUACCCUGAUCGUGUGCUCGAGGGAUGGAAAGUUUUCGGAACUUCGUCAAACCGUCAGCCAGUGUUGCUUGCCAAGGAAGCUAGCAGCGAACGGCCCCAGUCGUCAGGGACCGGUCGAGUCAUAGUGGACAAUGGCUUCACGAAGAUCAUGAAAGCUUACUGGACGACCGCUGGCACCCCCCGAUAUGUCAGUAAUUGUUCGGCAUGGUUAGUUCUUCGAGAACGCUUCCGAAGACCGCAGUGGGGUUUCAAGCCAAGGCAGGUGUAG